GCUUGCAGCUCGGCAUCUCGUACUCGGCAGAUCGUGCUCGAGUUCAUCAUGCUUUUGAGCUCGGCAGCUCGUGCUGCAGUUCUGCAUCAUGCCUUUGAGCUUGGCAGCUCGGCAGCUCGUCAGCUCGUGCUUGAGCAAGAUGCAACUCCUGCUCCACAUCUUGCAGCUCGUGCUUCAGCACUUCACAACUCAUGCUCCAGCAGUUCACAGUUCGUGCUCUUGCAGACUUCGCAACUCGCGCUGCAGCAAGGAUUUUGCAACUCGUGCACCAGCAGGAAGUUCGUGGCUCAUGCUCCAGCUGGGACUGUCAUACUGGCAAGCUGCCGAGUCAGGGACUCAUCUCUUGGAUUCUGCAAGAACAAAUUCAAAAAGGAGGAAGAUCCCAACUUGCUUUUCAAGCUGAGCUACUCUGCCUUGCCGAGCUGGACUGCUGCGCUGCCACCGAGUUGGACAGCCUUGCCGAGCUGGACUGCUUUGGUGCUGUCGAGCUGGGCUGCUGUGAUGGUACCGAGCUGGACUUCCUUGCCGAGCUGGGCUGCUGUGAUGCUGCCGAGCUGGACUUCCUUAUCGUGCUGGGCUGCUUUGCUGCUGCCAAGCUGGGCUGUUAUGUUGCUGCCGAGCUGGACUACUUUGCCACCGUUAUCAAGCUCGAGCUCAUCUUAUUUCAUUGAGGCCCGUGUUCAUGCCACCGAGCUGGGAGACUGCUUUACUGCUGCAGAGCUGAGCUACUCUGCCUUGCCGAGCUGGGCUGCUGCGCUGCCACCGAGUUGGACAGCCUUGUCGAGCUGGACUGCUUUGUCCUUGCCGAGUUGGGGGAUUGCUUUGUCAUUGACAAGCUGGACUGCCUUGUCCUUGCCGACCUCUCAUUGGCCCACGUGGUGUUACCCACGUGGGUAUGUCUCCUCCUCUUGGGCCUGUGGCGUUGUUGAUCUCAGGCAUGUUUGGAGCAGGGACUUGACAAGUGUUCUUCAAAAUCUUGAAACACUUAGAGUAAUUUGGUGUAAUGAUUUGAUUAGUUUAUCAACAUCCACGGCAUCAGUCAAGAAUCUCACAACUUUGGAGCUACGUAGUUGCCAUAAAAUGGAAAACCUGGUUUCAACUGCAACAGUCCAAAGCCUGGUGCAUGUAAAGAGUAUGACUGUAAGCCGAUGCCUUAAGCUAACUGAAAUAGUUGGAAGCCAAGGAGAUACAACACAAGAUCCCAUUAUUUUUAGCAGUUUGAGAUAUUUGAAAUUUGAAUGUUUGACAAGACUAGCAUGCUUCAGUUCUGGGAAUUACAUCUUCGAUUUCCCAUAUAUGGAGCAACUAAUUGUGGAACAGUGCCCUAAAUUAGAGAUCUUCUCUAAGACAGUUCCAAAAACACCACGGCUGCUGCAACUACAGGGAGGGAAAUUGUGGAAUUUGGAAGGUGACCUCAAUACCAGCAUACAAAGAAUGUAUACGGAAAAGGUUGGAUAUGUUGGUUUGUCUGCUUUGAGUCUCUCUGAGUUUCCUCAACUGAUGCAAAAUUGGCAUACUAGGAACCUUGAAAUCUUAGAAUUUAGAUGGGUUGUGUAUCUGGAUAUUUGUAAUUGCAACAGCUUGAGAUACUUGUUAACCCCCUCCAUGGUCAGGAGUCUUGUGCUACUCAUGAAUUUGAAUGUCCAAGACUGCAAAACAAUGGAAGCAGUGGUUGAAUUUCCCAACUUGGAGUUCUUGACACUGAGUUCUCUUAACAUUCAACAAAUAUGGCACAAGCAAGCUGAUUGUGCUCAAAAUUUAUUGCGUUUGAGGGUGGUUGGCUGUGCUAAUUUGAAAUAUCUAUUCAUAUCCUCUAUGUUUAAAACUAUUGGGAAACUGCAAUGGCUUGAGAUCCGUAAUUGUGGAAUGAUGGAAGAGGUGAUAGUGACAGAAGCAUUAGCAGAAGAAGAAAGGAUGUACAAGAUGGUCUUUCCAAAACUGGACAAGUUGCUACUACAAGACCUUCACAAACUUACAAGAUUUUGUUUUGGAAAUUUAGUUGAAUUCUCCUGCCUUAGAGACUUUCAUGUAAUCAAAUGUCCAUUGAUGAAGACAUUCAUCUCUAGCUCUAUUACAGGAAACAUGACAGCUAGUUCUGAAGAAGUGGAGAAUACUUGUAUACCACCUCUCUUCGAUGCAAAGGUGGCAUUCCCUAGUGUAGAGAAAAUAGUGAUUAGGUCUAUGGAGAGCUUGAACAAGAUAUGGCAAGACCAACUUGAUGCAGAUUCUUUUUGCCAACUAAAUUACCUUUGUGUAAUAUCAUGUCGAAAGCUAUUGAACAUUUUCCCGUUAACCAUGUUGGAAAGGCUUCAGAAACUAGACAAGCUGGACAUAAGGAAUUGUAAUUCACUAGAAGAGAUAGUUGAGUCACAAGGGCUUGGUGCUAUCCAAUCACAAUCUCAAAUAACCACCCAGUCAACUUUGGUAGAAACUCCCAUAAAGUUAGUCUUGCCAAAAUUGACACACCUUCAUCUUAAUGGGCUACCCAAACUGAAGGGUUUCGAUUGUCAAACGCUUGAUAUUGAAUGGCCAUUACUGAAAAAAUUGGAGGUGUAUGGAUUUAACCAAGUGCAGAUAUUUGCUUCAGAAUUUUCGAGCUUCCAAAGAACUAAUGGAGAUGACCAAUUUGGAAUUGGGAUCAACUGUCCUAUUUUCUCAGUCAACAAGGCCACAUUCCCUUGUCUAGAAGAAUUGGAAUUGAAAAACAAUGAUAUUAUGAAGGAGAUAUGGCAUGGACAAUAUCCGGGGGAUUAUUUUCCCAAACUAAAAGUUCUUAAACUCAUCCAAUUACCUGAGCAAUCAGUUGUGCACCCUUUCCUCUUUCAGUCACCAAAUCUUGAAAGGCUUGUUGUUAGUGAAGCUUCGUUUCUUGAACUAUUCCAGUGUCAAGGACUUGGUGAUAAGGCAAAACCUGCACUUGCACUUACUGAGUCAAGUGAAUUAAGGUUAUCUGAGCUUUUGGAAUCAGUUUUCUAUAACCUGAAAACCCUGGAAGUGUUACAGUGUAGCAACUUAAAGAAUUUGGUGCCAUCCUUUGUAUCUUUGAAGAAUUUGACAACUUUGGAAGUAUCUGCAUGUCAUGAACUCAUAAAUUUAAUUGAAUACUCAACAGCCAAAAGCAUGGUGCAGCUCACAAAAAUGAGUAUAAGUAAAUGUCAAAUGCUAAAAGAAAUUGUGGCGUGUGUGGGUGAAGAAGUUAAGGAUGGCAUUGCUUUCAUCCAGCUCAAGUAUUUGGUACUUCGUGGUCUACCAAGACUAGCAAGCUUUUGCUCAGGGAAUUGUGGCUUUGAACUUGCAUCUUUGGAAGAAGUAAUUGUGAUGGGUUGCCCAAAUAUGCAGAUCUUCUCUCGAGGGGAAUGCAGCACCACUAAUAAACUGCAAAAAGUGAAAUUGACUGUGGAUGAAGAUGAAGGGUUCUGGGAAGGCAACCUUAACUCCACCAUAAAAAGGAUGUUCACAGAAAAGGUUGUGUUACCAUGCCUAGAGGAGCUGCAAUUACGUUGGAUGAAUGUUAACAUCAAAUGGCACACUUCAAUAACAUAUUUAUGUGUGGAGAAACUGAAGAAAUUGAUCAUUCAAGGCUGUGAUAAUUUGGAGUACUUAUUCUCAUUUUCUGUAGCUAGAGGUCUAGUGAUGCUCAGUCGAGUUGAAAUAAGGGAAUGCAAGAGGAUGAGACAGAUUAUUGUCACAGAGAAUGCAGAACAAAAAAAGGAUUUAAUUUUUCCUCAAUCGAACUUCCUAUUGCUAAAAGACCUCCAAAACAUUGUUGGAUUCUACUCAGGGAAUUGUAUUGUUGAAUUCCCAUCCUUAAAGCAAUUGCAAGUAUUGAACUGCCUAGAGUUGGAAGGAUUCAUUGUUAAAUAUUUUGCAAGCACAAAUGUCAUUGUUGACAAACAACCAUUCUUCAAUGAACAGGUUGCUUUUCCCAACUUGGAAAGUCUGACUCUUACCCACUUGAAAAACUUGGAUAUCAUAUGGCACAACCAAUUCCAUGCAGGUUCCUUUGCCAAAUUAAAAUCAUUAAUGGUUAGAAAUUGUGAGAAGUUAUCCACUGUUUUUCCAUCUGCUGAUAUGCUGGGAAGAAUAUGGAAAUCCCUAGAGAAGUUAAUUUUAUUUGAUUGUGGCUCGCUAGAAGUGGUAUUUGGAAUUGCUGAGUUCAAUGUCAAACAAACACAUGCUACAAUAGACACCAAGUUGAGAGAAUUGAAUGUUGAUAACCUACCAAGAUUGAAGUAUGUGUGGAAUAAAGAUCCCAAAGGGAUACUCACUUUCCACAGCUUGGAAUUAGUAGUUAUAGAACGUUGUAACACACUCAAAUUUUUGUUUCCAGCUUCAAUAGGCAAAAGCCUUUCGCAACUUCAAAAGCUACAUUUAUUGAGGUGCGGGGUGGAGGAAAUUGUUACAAUGGGAGAACAAGGAAUUGAAGCAAUUGUUAACUUUGAAUUUCCUCAAUUGUCAAGUCUUAAGCUUGAGCGGCUACCAAGACUCCAAUGUUUCCAUCCAGGGAAGCACACGGCAGUGUGGCCAAAAUUAAAAGAGUUCCACUUUUCCCUUUUCAAUCAAGUAAAGAGAACAGAUGGCAGUUGGCAACUUGAUUUCCCUGUACGACUACCACUUUUCUCCAUAGAGAAGGUCAUCCCUCAGUUGGAAAAAUUGUCACUAUCAAGACAUGACAUUGCAGUUAUAUGUGAACACCAAUUUAAAGAAGAUCUCUUUUUCAAUGUCAAAGUUCUUAAAAUUCGUGACUAUCUUGAUAAUGAAUCAGAUGUUUUACCCAUCAGAUUACUACAAAGAUUCUGCCAUCUAGAAGAGCUUGUCGUGGAGCAUUGUAAUUUCAAAGAACUGUUCCCUUCAAAAGGAGAAGUUGAAGAACAAGAGAAACACAUUGAACUUGAGACAUUCUCAAGGAUUAAAACAUUAAAUCUAAGGACCCUUCCAUACCUCAGGCAUAUAUGGAACCAUGACUUGUCAAUUGUUCUUCAAAAUCUUAGAACUCUUGAAGUUUUUAUAUGUGAGAGUUUGAUUAGCCUGUCAACAUCACCUGCCUUUUUCCAGAAUCUCGUAACUUUGAAUAUAUGCGGGUGUGAAGCAAUGGUAAACUUGGUUUCCAUCUCAAUAGCCCAAAGUCUGGUGCAGUUAGAAAGAAUGAGUGUAUCAUGGUGUCGCAUGCUGACUGAAAUAGUUGAAAAUGAAGGAAAUGGAAUGCAAGAUUUGAUUGUGAUAACUUUUACUAAAUUAAGACUUUUGAAACUUGUAUGCUUGUCAAGAUUAGAAAGCUUUUGUUCAAGGAAUUUCUCCUUCAAAUUUCCAUCUUUGAAAAAGUUAAUUGUGAUUCAAUGCCCCAAAUUGAUGAUCUUUAGUGAGGGUGACCUAAACACACCACUACUGCAGAGAGUAGAAUUAAUUGAAGGAGAGCACAAGUGGCAUUGGGAAGGUGACCUUAAUACCACCAUACAAAGAAUGUACAUGGAAGAGGUUGGAUUUGCUAGGUUACAAGGUUUGGUGCUGUCAAAUUUUCCCAAGUUGUUGGAAAUAUGGCAUAUCAAGAAUCCUCAAGAACUCUUAGAUUUUAGACAACUUCAGUUAAUAGUAAAAGAUUGUGGAACAAUGGAACAAGUGAUAAUGGGAGAAGGAGCAAAAAAUAAAAUGGAAUUCCCACAUCUUUGGUUGAUCAAUCUAGAGUCUUGUUCAGAUUUGACAAGUUUCCAUGUGGGAAGUCAUAGUCUUGAGCUUCCAUCUUUAUGUUAUUUUAUUGUAAAAGACUGCCCAAAAAUGGUCACAUUCGUUGCAUCUGCAUCCUCCAAGGAACACAACAAAGAGGAAUCCCAAUACCUCUUCAGCAACAAGGUAAAGACUCCUAGCUUGGAGUUUUUGAGUCUAUCUUCAAAUAACAUUCAGCGAAUUUUGGACAAUUCAAUUCUAGAAAUCUCCUCUUAUGUCCAAAAUUUAAGAAAGUUGUGUGUGGAGGGUUGUGGUAAUUUGGAAUAUCUAUUGACAUCCUCCAUGGUUAAGAGUUUUGAGCAACUAAAUUGGCUCAAGAUUUGCAAUUGUAAUAUGAUGGAAGAGGUAAUACUUGUAGAAGAAUCAAUGGAUGAGGAAAAGAUGUGCAAGAUUUUCUUCCCUAACUUGGAAUUCCUACUGCUCCAAGACCUUCCAAAACUCACAAGAUUUUGUUUUGGAAAUUACUUGGAAUUACCAUGCCUUUGGAAACUUAAGAUAAGCAAGUGCCCUAUGCUGAAGACUUUCAUCUCUAGCUCUUUUUUUGGAGACAUGAUAGCUAGUUCUGAAAAUGUCAAAAACACUUGUGCACUUUCUCUCUUUGACGCAAAGGUGGCAUUUCCCAAAUUAGAGCAUUUGGUAAUUGAACAUGUGAAGAGCUUGAAUAAGAUAUGGAAAGACCAGCUCGAAGUAGAUUCUUUUUGCCAACUAACUUUGGUGAGUGUGGUUUCAUGUGAAAAGUUAUUGAAUAUUUUCCCAUUUAGUAUGUUCGAAAGGCUUCAAAGACUAGACAAGCUCCAAAUAUGGAAUUGUGAUUCACUUGAAGAGAUACUUGAGUCUCAUGAACCUGCUGUUAGCCAAUCACAAGCUCAAAAGGCCACUCCGCUACCUUUGUUGGAAACUGUCACAUGGUUGGAGGAUGAUGUGAAGGAUGAGAUUGUCUUUAGCAAAGUCAAGUAUUUGCAACUUUGUGGUCUGCCUAGACUUUCAAGCUUUUGCUCAGUUAAAUGCAAGUUUGAGUUCCCAUUUUUGGAAGAGGUGAUUUUGAUGGAUUGUCCAAGUAUGCAGACUUUCUCUAUGGAUGAAAUAAGAACGCCAAAACUACAGAAAGUAAAAUUGACUAGAGAUGCGGAUGAAGGCUUUUGGGAUGGCAACCUAAACUCGACCAUACAACUACAGUUCAUGCAAAAGAAUCAAGGUGAUUCUGAAAAUUGAGAUCAAAGAAAUUGCGGCUUAUGUCCUUUCCAAGUGAAAUUUGAUGGUCUGAAUGGUGUACGCAUAAAUUGGAUGUGAAGUUGUCACAUUGCUUGGUGGCUACAAUGUUACCUCACUAAAUAAAAUUGAUCCCUUUUUUCUACCAAAAAAAAAAGACAAUCUUUUCU